AUGUCGUUUGUUGGAAAUGCGUCAUUUGGCAGCAAUCUCACGUUCGACCACCACGCGCAAGAAUGGAGUAUAUUCAUUAGUCGUUUUAAGCAGUAUUGCACGGCUAACAGCAUUGAUGACAAUUCAGACAAAGCCGGGGUGAAGCGCCGCGCGUUGUUGUUGACAGCGUUGGUAGAAGACACUUAUCGCGUCGCUAAAGAUUUAGUAUUUCCUUCGGAUUUAGAAAACAUCGAGUACGCUACACUCAUACAGAAGUUAAACGAUCAUUUUAUCUCGAAGAGAAGUACUUUUGCUGAAAGAUAUUUGUUUUAUAAGGCUGAACAAAGACCGGGGGAAGAUUUAACUGAAUGGGCGGCGCGAGUACGACAUUUAGCGCAACAUUGUGGCUUUAAGAACGAAUUGGACACAGCACUACGUGAUAGAUUCGUAUUGGGUCUAGUAAAUGCCAAAGAAAAAGAAAAGUUAUUCGCGGAGAAUAUCGAUAAUUUGUCUUUCAACAAGGCGUUGGAGAUGGCAUUAAGCGUGCAGUGUGCCCGCUUGGCAUUGCAAAGUGCUGAUUCGGCAUCAUCGGCGAGUUUGCAGCCGGGAGUCGAACGCGGUCCGGUUGGUGUGUUCGCCGUCCGUCCCAGCGCCCCCGGGAGGGCGGCCCGGGGCUCCAACUUCAGUGAGAAAGUGUUAUGUGUAGUGUGCGGUGGUAAAGGCCAUUCAAAAGAGCAGUGUCGUUUUAAAAGUUAUAAUUGUAAUAAGUGCGGUAAACAAGGGCAUUUACAACGAGUUUGUAACGUUAAUGUUAAGCGUAAUAAUUAUGUAGAAAUGCACGGCGAGGACUCUGAAGUUGAGUUGAUGUUUGGCCGUAAGUUACGUUGCCGUUUAGAUUUACUUUGUGAACGUAGUGCGGUGGCUGGUGGCAAUUCACCAACCUCAGAGUCUUUGUCAAGUAUUGUUAUGGAUAAUGUUAAUGCUAAACAGAUUUCACAAAGUAACGCCUAUGGGGGUCAUCGUAAAAUUAUAUUUAAAACCGGAGAUGAAGUUUUGUUUAAACACUAUUAUAAAAAUGGAACCAAACAUACAUAUAAAUUUGGUAUAAUUAAAAAAAACAUUGGCUCAAGGAUGUAUUUGGUUUAUGUACCAGAACAAAAUGUCUACGUUCGCAAACAUAUAGAUCAAAUUUUGAUUUAUAAGGGUUCUAAAAAAUACAAUGAACAUGUGUCUGAUGAUGUGAGUUGCUUCGGGGACUACACUACUAAUGGGGUGACUGAAUCUUCAGUUCCUGUGGAUACGGAACAAGAUUCACCACAAUUGCAGGGGGUUCCUCAUGACUCAAACGUCUUGUCAUCGCCAGCUCCUCAACAAGAGCAGGUAGAGGAGGAGAGGAGUGAAUCGGUACCAGUUGGCUCAGAUUCUGAAGGAAGUUCUGUCGCUACUGGCGUGAGUUCUCCUUCCGCCCCUAUAGACCCUCGGAGUGACGAUCAGUUGACACCUCGUAGAUAUCCCUUGCGUAUACGUAAAAAACGUAAAUUUUUGUAAUACCUAGUCAUUAAGUUGUAACUAAAGGUGGAGGGAUUGUAGUAUAUUAGUCAUAUUAGUGAGGGUAGACACAAAUAAUGUCACCGAUCGUGUGUCAGUUUGUUGCCGGUGAAUAAAAGUGAUUGCAUCA